AUGGAGUUCAAUGAGGGUGAACAUGUGUUUGUGAGACUUUCACCUAUCACCGGCAUUGGCCGCGCCCUCGGAGUGAGGAAGCUUAGCCCGAGAUUCAUUGGGUCAUAUCAGAUACUUGGUAGGGUAAGGCCUAUUGCCUAUCAGCUUGGCUUGCCUCCGAACAUUGCCAACAUCCAUGAUGUGUUUAACGUGUCACAGCUGCAGAGAUACAUAGCGGAUCCUUUGUACAUUAUGCAACCCGAUGAUGUGGAAAUUCGGGAGAACUUAAAGACUCCCAUAGGAUCACUCAAGAUACUUGAUCGUGGUGAGAAAAAGCUAAGGAGCAAGAUCAUUUCCAUGGUCGAAGUUCAAUGGGAAGGAAGAACUCCAGAAUAG